UACCAGACUCUCAAGAACAAGACAUUUUCCUCUGGAGGAAAGACACAGGCUUUGGCUUUCGGAUCCUGGGAGGAAAUGAACCCGGAGAACCGAUCUACAUAGGGCACAUAGUGAAGUACGGCUCAGCGGAUGAGGACGGCCGUCUGCGCUCCGGAGACGAGCUCAUCUGUGUCGAUGGCACGGCGGUGGUGGGAAAGUCUCAUCAGUUGGUGGUGCAGCUCAUGCAGCAGGCGGCUAAACAGGGUCACGUCAACCUCACUGUCCGCCGCAAAAACGCUUACGGAGCGGGGAACACGGCCAUGCCUCAUAAAAUAGGCCGGAUCAUCGAGUGCAGUCCGGCUGACCGCUGCGGGAAGCUGAAGGUUGGUGAUCGGAUCCUGGCGGUCAACGGCUGCUCCAUCACCAACAAAUCGCACUCAGACAUCGUCAACCUCAUCAAAGAGGCCGGCAACGCCGUCUCGCUGCGCAUUAUACCUGGAGACGGUGAGUUCGGAAAUUAUCGUCCCUCUCAGUAA